UACGUAUAUAUAUAUAUAUAUAUAUAUAUAUAUAUAUUCAUACAUAAGAACGCCUAUAGGUUUCUCUCGUAUUGCGCACGGCUGCCAUGUGACGCGCGCGCUCCAAGUGUGUGUCCUAUAGCAUGCGGCUGCUGUGAGUGCCUGGCUUCGUCCAUACAUACGUAUGUAUGUUCGUUCGUUCGUCGUUCGUUCCUUCGUUCCUUGAGGCCGGCUUGCAAGCCGCAGAGAAAGAGAGCGAGCGAGCGGGAGAGAGAGAGAGAGAGAGAGAGAGAGAAAAAGAGGAGACGGGAAACGAAAGGUGCUGGCAGCAAUGGUGGGGGUCUUUCUUGGAAUGUCCCGCUGUCUCGGGCGAACGACGGUCCGGCUCCUCCGGAACUCCAACGCGCUGCUGGAACAACCAUCGGGUUCUUUUAGGGCCGACCGGUUGUCUCUCCCUCUUCCUCUCCGACACCCCACCACGAAUCGGGCUAAGCCGAGAGAGAGAGAGAGAGAGAGAGAGAGCUCGCACAUACAUUUACCCCAGGCUUCUCUCUUACCUGCUUCAUUUGGAAACAGGGUGGAGGAGGAGAUGAUGGUGAAGAGGAAUGGAGAGGAAAGGAGAGAAGAGAAGAGAGGAGAAAGAGGAAGAGGGAGAGCACCAGCCAACAGAUCUUUCCUUUUCUCCGUUCGCUUCGUCACGACUCUUACGUUCGCCUUUCAGACCCGUUCUCCGACAUCGUCGUGGCCUCCCUCCCUCCCUUCCACGGCUGACUCAACGAAGGACGUUCCCUCGAAUUUUUAGGACCUUUCUCUCCCUCCUUCGUGUUUACGAAUAAGAUUUCCCGAAUAAAUACGUUCGCUGGUACGCUAACCUCGUGCUUAUUACUACCCUUGCUCUUAGUUUUCGUUUACUACGGGAAAAAAGAACUUUACGUAUUUAAUCAACCUGACGUAUCCUAAAAUCGAUAUUUUGUCGAUCGCUUUCUCAAUGAUUCUUUAACGAUCGAAUUCUCAUAUUUCUCAAUUAACCGUGGAUAAACGAUUAUUUGCGAUAUAUUUCCUUGUCGAAUGUUCGAUCAUCGCGUAUCGAAGAUCUCGCUUUAUGCACUCGGUUUAUACGGCCCUGUUCCGCCGUUCUGACGAUCAACGAGGCCUUCCGCCUGCUUCCCCCACCCCUCGGCACGCGGCUUCUCCACAUCAGCGUGCUCCGUAUCUCGUACUAUUCUCCGCUACGUUUUCCCCCUACCCCACUUCCUUUCUCUCUCUCUCUUUCUCGUACUUUUGGAUCGGUAGGAGUCCCUCCUCCUUCUUCUCCUUCUCCUCCUCAUUUUUCCCGCUCCCAAGCUCGUUCUGCCUCCGUCCUUAUCCGUAUCUCGGCACUUCUCGCGUCCUUUACCGCCUAUCUCUUGGUUACAUAUAUAGACAGACGGAUUUGCACGGCGCCGUGUCGUCGAACGCUCCUGUAUCUCGAAGGAGACACGUCACCGCUUCGGGUCGGUUCGACACAUACAGAUAGAGAGGGACUGAGAAAGAAAGAGAGAGAGAGAGAGAGAGAGAGUACGUGUGCGCGUGCGCGCGUGCUAACGCUAUCAAUAAUGCAUAUUGUAUAUAUUUCUUUUUGUCUUUUCGAACAACAAAGUCACGUAGAAAGCGAGGAAUUUAAAUUCGCGGUCAUUGCAUUAACUAUUCCAACUUCUUCUUCUUCUACUUCUACUUCUACUUCUAUUUCUUUUCUUGUUUCUUUCUCUCUCUCUCUCUCUCUCUCUCUCUCUCUCUCUUUCCAUUUUCGAAAGUUCGACACGAUUUUUUCUCUGCCUUUUCUUUUAUUUUCUCUCUCUCUCUCUCUCUCUCUCUCUCUCCUUAGCUAUCGCGUUAUUUCGAAGCGCGUUAAAAUCGUACGAUCUAGAGAAAGGGAGAAGAGGAAGAGAGGCAAUGUUCUCGAUAACUCGUCCGAUACUAAUUCCGCGCUUCUCCUCUACUCGACUUUAUCGUCGAGUAAAAUCGUUACGACGUCGACGAUGACUUCUCGGUGUUAUUUAAUGCGAAAGUUUCGCAAUCCCGCGAAGUCAUUUCGCCAAGUAGAUCGACAACACCGUGCGAGUUCAGUUAUACGAAAAGAUGGAGAAAGGAGAAGAUCGGGAUGAUCAACAGCGUCGUCGUCGUCGUCGUCGUCGUCGUCGUAUCACGGGACCGUGACAGCUGUACGAUGAAGUGAGUCCCUGAGAACUCGAGGAAAGUGGAAACGUAAUUCCUACAUAGCUUUCUCGGAAUGCUUUUAUUAAAACUGUAAAAGCUUUGGAAUUCGACGCUAUGAAACUCCAACUGUGGCUUAGUUGCGAUAGAAGCAGAAAAACUUUCUUUUCUCCAUCUGCUUAUGUAAAAAGGUAUAGUGAAAAAAUUGGAAAAGGAAGAGGAAAGGAAAUAGAUAAAGAUAAAGAAACAUCGAAACUCAUUGGUAAGGAGACCUGACGAUCGUACCUGCGUUGACCAUGUCGACAAAUUCAAAGAGAGGCGUAAGAGGGGCCAAUUCUCUCGGUAGAAGAGAUGCAUAAGGAGGUAACACGUUGCAAGCAGGUACGUAGUACACUCGACAUAGAGAGAGAGAGAGAGAGAGAGAGAAAAGGUUCCUAUCGUGUAACCGCGUGCCACGAGGAACGAGCACCUGUUGGUUGCUCGUGUACAGCUUUUACAGGGAAUUCCUUGGUCUCUCUCUCUCUCUCUCUCUCACACUCUCUCUCACAGUGUGUAUGCGCUCGCGCGCAACAUCGGACUUUCGACCAAGAAACGAAACGUGUUCUUUGCUUCGCCUUGGAACGAAUAUUUCAUUGCAUUCGACGUGACAUACGUAAGUAAGUAUGUAUGUAUGUAUGUAUGUAUUUAUUUAUGUAUAGGUAUAUUAUGCAUUUAUUUACUACUUACAUUAAUACAGUAUAUAAUGUUAUCAUAUAUAGAUGUAUAUAAGUAUAUGAGCUUGCUUUUCAUACAUGCAUAACACAUUGUACGUGUUCCGUCUACGAUAGAGCAUAACGUCAUAGAUCGUAUCACAGAUAGUUAGGAUUUCCGUUCGGUCGAUUACCGUCCGUAUGUAAUAUGCAUCAUCAUUUUUCGAUCAUUAUCCUUUAGUUUUUUUCCCCUCGAGCAUGUGCAGAUCGUUCGUCAUGUCAUCUAGUAUCUGAUACGUCACUUGGAACUAGUAUAUACGUACGUAAACGUCCAAUUAAACGUGCCAAGUUCGUUCGCAUCAUUGGAUCCUUCUCUUUUACGUUUGUCGUUCUUUUACGUCGUUCGAACGUAAUGUCAGGGGAACUACCUAUUUGCGAACUUUAAUUUCCCGUCGAUAUUCUUUCUUUCUUUCUUUCUUUCUCUCUCUCUCUCUCUCUCUCUCUCUCUCUUGUCAUCAAUAUUUGAUUUUUAAAUCGACGUACUUAUUGCGCAUUUGGUCUUUCCUCGUACGUUAAACUUUCUAAUUCCUUUGAGAAAAGUGAAUUCGUAUCUCCCCUUUUCGUAUAUAUUUUCAAAGUGUUUGUCAACAGUCUCGUAAGAUUAGAGAUGCAGAGAAACGAGAUGUGCGUGCCCGCGUUUGUGUUUAUUUCGGUUACGAAUAAGAGGACGUACGAGACAUCGAUGACAACGACUCGAAGGAAUAAUCGAAGAAACUGUAGUUUCUUUUAGAUAGAACUGUUCUCGAUCUUCUUUUUUCUUUCUUCUUUUUUUUUUUUUUCCAAACCAUCGUACAGUUUCCUUUUCUAAGCGAUAACCACGGAGAUGAUGUGCGAACUCACGAGAAAGGCUUAUGCAUAAUCAAUUGAACAACGCUACGAACAUUUGCAAGCAUGUUUUGUCGAUGAAAAUUGCAUCGUCACGGCCUAUCGAUGUUUAAUCGAACGAGGUUUCAUCCAUCAUUUAUCGACUGAUAACAGAAUAUAAUUACUACAUUAAGCAAGAAUAAUAAUUGAUAUAUAUAUAUAUUUAUAUAUAUAUAUAUAUAUAUGAAUAAAUAAAAUAGAUUAGAUAGGAUUAACUAAAUGUAAUAUAUAUGUAUAUAAAAGAAGAAGAAUAUUUUAAAAGGGUUUGAUUAACAUUGAUCGUUUAAUAAUGAUUCCUAUUCCAGCUCUUAAAAUAUAUUUUUCUGCAGAUGCCGUGUAACAAGAAGAAGUGCCGGCAACGUGAAUCGGCAACAUGAAAAAGCGUUGGAAAAUAAUUCGAUGAGUCAACGUAUCGAAAAAUUUCAAAGACGUUGGCAGGACGUUUAUAACGAUUCAAGCGUGAACGUUUAAAAUUCUUAUACGUCGCGUAUAUAAUCGUAAAAAACAAACGAAAAAACAAAAAAGAAGAAAUCUAUUGUUUGUAUAAAACGAACGAUGAGAAGAGUGAAAAAAUUAUACGCUUGGGAACUCGAUAUGUAACGCAUGAUGCGUUAUCAUGUGUUGUCAGCAAUAUGUGUUUACGCACAAUACGAUUUCUUACCCUCGUUUAUUAACGAAGCUUUAAUUAGUUUCAAAGAAGAAAGAAGAAAAAAGAAAAGGAAGAAAAAAUAUUUUAUCUAGGGAGCGUAAGAAUAGGCGUAGCAAAAGGUAUGCAUAUAUAUAUAUAUAUAUAUAGACAGAGAGAGAGAGAGAUAGACAGAAAAAGAAGAAGAGGGAGCAUGAUAGAGAUCGUUAGCAGAUAUAAUGUUUACACACGGUAUCAUCAAACACUGGAAAAUUGAUUUAUUCGAUUAAACGGUAUCUCGCACAACGUUGCAUGUUUGAAGAAUUGCAAGAAUGCAAAGAGAAAAGAAAUUGAACGAACGUCGUAAGUUCAUUCGGUUCAUUCAUUAUGCAAUAACUAUUGUCGAGGAUGAAAUAAUAAGAACGCAGUAACUAUCGUUAUAAAGAAAAGGAUGCGUUUGUUUUCCCGCUAGUAGUAACUCGAAGCGCCACGAAGUGCACGUGACCGAGUGACACGUGACCUUUCUAUCUUUCGUAGAAAUAAACGAUAGAACGUAGUGGAAUUCGAUCGAAAUUUCGAAUUAAAAGACGUUCAAUGGUCCCAGGAUAGAGAAGAUCGAAUUUUCUUUAAAGUUAACGCGCCAUGAAGAUUUUCACGAGGAGCAGUUAACAUUCACUGGAAAUUUAUUCGGCUCUGGAGCGUGUCUCAUCGUUCGUGUUACCUGACAAACGUCACUCGGCCGUCCAAUUAUUUUACACUCUAAGAACCCGGAGCUGACACAGAGUUUUGCUGGUCCGUCGACGACGGCGAAUUUCCUAGAUCUACAUAGAAGUAUAGGAGAGGGCUGAUAAAAGAUUCCGGGUGUCUUGUAUUAUAUGGCACGACAAAAGCACACGAACAUCUUUGGGAAAGUAUCCUUAGAACCCUUUUUAUCCGGCUAUUACAUUUCUGCAGGUAGAAGCUCCGCCACGACACCUUGCACCUUGCACAAGAAGAUCGAGGAGGGUGGCCCUCUCUCACCGGUUCACCAGGACUACUCGUCCCGUCCCUUUUGCUGCUGUUGCUGUUGCUGAUGCUGCUCUCUUACCGCUGGAAGAGUUCACUGGCAGAUGGCCAGCAGAUGUCUACGCACGGUGGAUUACUAGCUACGGAGAGCAAGUCGUCCCUGAAAAGUUGUACCAUCUAUGAAGCAGCAAAAGUUUACCAUGACAAGUCGAUAAGUACAGAAAUGAACUUACCAUCUUACGAGGUUUCAUAUCUAGGAAUCUACAUUAUCGAUGGUGGAUAAAUGAGCCGGAUAAAUUAUAGAGAACUCGAACGUAUGAUAAUUAAUAACAAUAGAUAAUAUUUUUUGUUGUUAGAUAUCGCAUAAUUAUAUAUGCAAUAAUGUUAUAAUCAAAAAUUGAACAUUUGUUUCUUAUUAUUUCUGUUUUUAUUUCCAAUAAUAUUUUAAUUCCUCUCUAAGCGUACUGUCAAUAUAAACAAACAAUCGAAUCUCUACUUUACCUUGACUUACAUUAAAUCAGUUUGUUGUGAUCCUUUAUCGCGUGAACGUCGUAGCUGUUUCAAGGACCGUCUAAACUUAGUAUUUUACAGGUAACAAUGGCGGAAAAGACUCUGAAGAAAAAUUUCAAUACUCUUGAUUUAUUAACUAAAAUAAAAAAUGACAGAAAGAAUAUUGCAAAUUCUGUGACAACCUUUCAAUUUAAUACAAAAAGAGUUAAACAGUUAACAAAUUUAAAUGACAUAAAGAAGGAUUGCAAGGGUAUUUUGUAUUGGAUGUUUCGUGAUGCUAGAGUUCAGGAUAAUUGGGCAUUUCUAUUCGCACAAAAAACAGCUAUUAAGAAUAAAGUACCCCUUCAUGUUUGUUUCUGCAUAUUACCAAAAUUUCUUAAUGCGACAAUGAGACAUUAUAAAUUUCUUUUAAUUGGUUUAAGGGAAAUAGAAAAAGAAUGUACCGAUUUGAAUAUAAAUUUUCAUCUGUUAAACGGUGAACCAAAUUUGAUAAUACCAGAUUUCGUCAAAAAUUAUAAAAUUGGUGCAGUAAUUACAGAUUUUCUUCCCUUAAGAUUACCAUUGUUUUGGAUCGAUGAAGUAAAGAAAAAAUUACCCAAUGAAGUUUCCAUAUAUCAAGUAGAUGCUCACAAUAUUGUGCCAUGUUGGAUUGCAUCCGAUAAAUUAGAGUAUUCUGCAAGAACAAUCCGUCCUAAAAUACAUUCUAAGUUAAAAGAAUUUCUAACAGGUUUUCCACCUGUUAUAAAACAUAAAUAUUCUUCUACAGAAUCAUUUGAAAAAAAUAAAUGGGAUAAUGCGUUAAAAAAUGUUGAAGCAGAUACGUCGGUAGAAGAAAUUAAAUGCUUAAAGGCAGGAUAUUUGGGUGGUAUUUUAGAAUUGGAGGACUUUUUAAAGAAUCGUUUAAAAGUAUAUCAUUCCAAACGUAAUGAUCCAAUAUCUAAUGUCGUUAGUAAUUUAUCUCCAUGGUUUCAUUUUGGUAUGAUAUCAGUACAGCGUUGUGUCUUAGAAGUGAUGGAAUAUAAAAGGACUAUGGAAAAGUCUAUGGAAUGUUUUAUAGAAGAAGCUGUUGUACGUCGUGAAUUAAGUGAUAAUUUUUGUUAUUAUAAUGAAAAUUAUGAUAGUAUAAAAGGUGCCUAUAAUUGGGCAAUAGAAACUUUAAAUGUACAUAGACAUGAUAAACGUCUGUAUACAUAUAAUUUGAAUGAAUUGGAAAAUUCAUUGACAUAUGAUGAUUUAUGGAAUGCAUGCCAAAAUCAAUUAAUCCAUAAAGGUAAAAUGCAUGGAUUUUUAAGAAUGUAUUGGGCUAAAAAAAUAUUAGAAUGGAGUCCUACGCCAGAAAACGCUCUAGAAUGGUCACUUUAUCUAAAUGAUAAAUAUAGUUUAGAUGGAAAUGAUCCUAAUGGUUAUGUUGGUUGCAUGUGGUCAAUCUGUGGUAUUCAUGAUCGGGGUUUCAAAGAACGUGAGAUAUUUGGAAAAAUAAGAUAUAUGAAUUAUGAAGGAUGUCGGAGAAAAUUUGACGUGAAAGCGUUCGUUUCCAAAUGGUCUGAACAAAAUCCAAACAAAAAACAAAAAUUAUCCAAAUAAAUCCACUUACGACCAAUAAUUAUUAAAUUAAGAAUUUUUUCUUUACAUUUAUUUGUCAUUUAAUAAAUAAUUUUUUUUGUUUUGAUUAUCUAUGUACAUUAUCAUAUUAUUUUUAUUAAGAUCAUCAGAGAAAGAUAAUUACAAUACGAAUGGAUAAAAAAGAGAAAAGAAACGAGAGAAGGAUUUCACAAGUUGUUACAAUGGGAGAAAAAAAAUCUGCGUGCCUUUAUGCAUAUAACCCUGAAAUUCUAAACCGCGUAUAAUAUAACAAAAAAAAAAAAAAGCGAGUUUCCCACACUGUCAGUCAAGGACGUUCGGUAUUUCAAACGACUUAAGGAUAUAAGUCGAAAUGAUAAUGAAUCACUCUCGUAACUAUAGAC